AUGGAGUAUCGGCAUUCGAAAAAAAACAAGUUAGUACAGGCUAUCUUGAAAGAGAACUGGGAAGCAGUUAGAAGCUUUUUGCAAACUAAACCACAAUUGGUUAAUACUUACGAUGAGGUCGACGAGACGCCGUUAAUUGACGCUGUGUGGGCCGACGCACCAGACAACGUGUUGGAGAUGAUGAUUGACGCAGCAACAAGAGAGAACAUAAAACACGAGGACAGCCUGCAUCAAACUAUUCUCCAUGACUUGGCGAUGCAAGGACGUGUAUCAGCAUUAAGACGCGUGCUGCAAAAACCAAACAUCAAUGUUAAUGGGAGAGACGACAAGGGACGCACACCACUACAUAUCUGUCUAGAAAAUAAGUACAGCCCUUAUGGAGAACACCGCGAAAUGGCAAUGUGCCUCAUGGAACAUGGCGCUUUAUUAAUAAAAGACAAGAAAGGAAAGACGCCUUUUGAUUUGUAUGAUAGGAAUAAAUGUGGUAAAUACGGCGGUCGAUCCAUCAGACGAGAGAAGAAGGAAGAACUGAAAAAGUUACUUUUAGCCAUGAUACUUCCUGCACAAAUUAAAGUCAGAGGAAAAGAUGCAGUUACUGCCUUUGUCAAUGAAAUUGAAAAAGGUGAAAUGACGUUGGUAAAUAACAGAGUGAUGUUUCUAGGAAAGGAAGGGGCUGGUAAAACCAGCCUUGUAAAUUCCAUUCUUGGAAAACAAUUCAAUGAGAAUGAACCAUCAACUUGUGGUAUUCUAACAACAACAGCAUUUCAAACUGUUGGUGAAGACUACAACAAGUGGGAGGAACAUAAGGAUGUAGACGUGUAUGAAUUAACCAAGCAAAUACGAGAGUAUAAUAUAGCAGAAGGUAUUGCAAGGAAGUUGGAACCACUAGAAGACCAGGAAACCACAUACAUGUCCGUAUCAUCCAGUCCUUCAGAAUCUCAUUUGGAACCACAACCUACAAGUCUAACUUCAGAGAAAAAGGAAACUUCUGAUGUGUCUCAGAGUGCUGCAAAUGUUCAGUUCGAUAGACUCCCAGAAGAAAUUUUAAAAAAAGUUGUAGCUAAUCUUGACCGCCAGAAUCCUGAACCAAGCAGGAGCGCAGAAGAACCAAAACCCGGCAUUUUUAAACGAUUCUUCAUGAAAAUAACGAGAAACAAGCCUACUAACAAAGAUGCACGCUUUGAACGUGUUGUUGAACGUGUUGUUGAAAAUGUACCUAGUGAUGUAGCAUGUUUAUGGGAUUAUGCAGGCCAAAUCUCAUAUUAUAUAACUCAUAGGUUUUUCUUGACAGAUGGAUCGUCAUAUGUCGUUGCUUUUAGUUUGUUUGAGCCUUUAAAUGAAUUGGCAAAAUCAAGAGGUCCACUAAAAGAUCAGUUUGAAAUGACUAAUCUCCAAAUGAUUAUUUUCUGGAUACGGUCAAUAUAUGAGCACGCUGUACUACAAUAUAAUGUAAGUACGAAAUUGAUAAAUGACACGAUAGCCUCACCCACAAUCAGUUUGGUUGGCACUCACAAAGACAAGUUAGAGGGAAGUGAGGAGGAUAAACAGAAUCAGAUUGAAGCAAUAUUCAAAAUAAUAUUUGAAGAAAUCAACGGGAUGCCAUUCGAAGUUCAUGUUGACAGAACGAUGUAUGCUGUGGAUAAUACAUCAGCAAAUGACAAAGGGAUUGAAGAAUUAAAAAAAAAUCUCGGAGGUUACACAAAGCAAAUGGCAAAAAAAGUUCCCACAAAAUGGGUUGAUUUCCAGUCGAAAAUCCAAGAAGUGGGGAAAACAACACUGCGCAUGUCCUUAGACGAGGUCAAUGAGAUUGCUGUCAAUUGUGGAAUUCCGAACGAAAACACCAUCCACAUCCUCAACUAUUUAAAUGAUUGCGGAAUCAUUAUGUAUUCGCCAACUAACAUCAAGUUGAAGAACACUGUGAUUACUAACGUGCACAUGUUGAUUGAAAUCUUCACAAAAGUUAUCACAACAGAAGAUCAGAGACCUGCAGUGAUGGCGUCAUGGCAUCUGCUUGAUAAAGGCAUUCUGAGUGAGGCAUUGCUACGUCGUCUGUGGAAACAUGAGUUAGAGGAAGACAACAGCAACUUUGAAGUUUUUAUAGAACUGAUGAAGGUUUUUGGACUGCUCUUUGAGAAACAAAAAGAAUCUGAAGAAGAUGAUCGAACAUUCAUCGUCCCUUGUCUAAUGAGUAUCGUUAAGGACAAGAACAUGGAAGUUGAGAAAGACAAAAAGGAGAUGGUAUCAAUCUACGUGACUCCAACAGACUUCCUCCCUGAUGCUGUCUACAGUGUAUUAGUCGUUGCCUUUGUCGACUUGAUGAAGAAGAAAGGUAGAAGCGAUGAUGCAAAAUUGUUUCGGAAUCGUAGUGACUUUGACUUUGACGAUGAUCACCUAGUGAGUCUGGGAGCCGUCAAAAUCAAGAACAUGCAUGCAUUGAAGCUUGAAAUAACACAUCGGAUUGAUGAGGAUGCAAAUGGUGAAAAAGUAAUAUUAGAACCGCACCCGAGUGUCUGUAUGGAGGUAUUAAACUAUCUCAAGCAUCAACUGAAGACUGUGUAUGGUACAACAGUAGGAAUCGGUUACGAGUUACACGUCUUGUGCAGCGUAUGUCAUCCCACGCAGCCAUCUCAUUUACAUACUCUUGAGAAAUGUUUAGAAAACAAUAAUGUUUCAUGUGGAAAGUAUAAAAUGAACACAUCUCGUUUUAAGGUCCUGUUUCAAGAAGAUAUUCAAGAUGCAUCCUUGUCUAAGGAUCUACCUCAUAGGCCCAUGUUCACAGAUUCCACCCAUGGAGAGCGGAUGCCAGGUAAAUCGGUUGAUGUUGUAAUUGUAAAAUAAGCAGACAACAUUGUAAGCCCAAAAAAAAAAAAAAAAAAAAA